AUGGCGGCUUUGGUGCGUCGUAGGGCACAGCGUAAGGAGAGGAAGUUGAUGACCGUACGGUGGAUUGUUUCCGUCGGAGGAGAGAAAGAAGCAAAGAAAGAAGCUUUCAAGAAGUAUUUAGAGUUCAGUGGAGUUAUUGAUUCUCUCACCAAAGAUCUAGGCCUUGCAGCACAGAUAGUUCAUGUGGUAAUUGCUGCAACUUUGUUGAAUUCCCCCGACAUGUCCUACAAAGAUCAGUCAAUACUGUAUGAGCCCAUCAAAGAGCUUGAUAUCAUGUUAAACCAAACUGUUUUAGUAGAUGCAGGAGUUUCAGUAGAUAUAAUUUCAGGCGUGAAUGAUCCACCACCGAUCAGUUGCCUUUUCCCCCGAUCAGCACCUUAUAACACCUUCAGAUCAUGUAGAAAUCUUCACUCAUUUGAUGUGGAUAAUAUCAGAUUUCUUGGAACUUAUGGUAAGAAAAUCAAUGACCUUCACAAGUACUCAGAAGCUAAAAGCAAGCUUGAUUUUGUCGAAAGAGCACUGAGGUGGAGACAUCUUGCUUCCACUGCACCUAAUACACUCAGGUCAGAAGGUCAGCUGGUUAGGUUGAUCUGCAUUCCUAAAUUUUGUGAGAUCGGUAUUGCUGUUGCAAAGAACUAA